GGCAUUGCGCCACAAGUCGAGAGCAAACUCUGUUUCCGCUCUUUUGACGAAUGACAGUAGUAAACGCUAUGAGGACAGAGCACAGGUUAUGCUCGACCAGAUUCAAUCGAUUGCCGACAAUUACGACGACUUAAAAAGCAGAUAUGUUUGGGCUUUGGGCGACAUUGCCGACUUGACCAUCGCAUUAAACAGACACAUGAUUUUGAAACAUAAGUUAGAGGCCGAGACUUACUCCCAAGAACGCUCAUUGGAGAAAACAGCUCCUUUUUCUGUGGCCGGUGAUGAAGAGAAAACAAGUAGCAAGGAACAAAGUCGGAUUUACGUUCGUAAAAAUUCUUCUAUUAAUGUGCCAAUUGAAAAGAAGCAAGCUCAAAAUAUCGAUGAAUUACUUGGACUAACAACUUUGACUUCGACACAAAAGUUGUCAAAUAAGUCACAGAAAGCAAAAAGAUCUGAGCAACAGAGUGAUUUUUCAAUUCGUACGGAAGUCACAGAAUCUCCUUGGCUCACAACGAUUGAAGAUAUUCCAAUAGCAGACCAAAAUGUCUCAGCCAAGACGAAGUAA